CUUGUGGCUGUCGUCGGGUAUUGUCCUUAUAAGACAACAACAGGGAGGUAAACACGACAGGAGUAGGUGCUAAUAGAAAUAAGCACUUUUCUUUCUGCGACCGCAAGCGACUCCUAUGGGAGCAGGACCAGACCCUGGGCAGAAGAAAAAGAGACACAAGGCGGAAGGGAAAUCUCACAUACCACCGACCCACCCGCGACAACAACCGGAGUUUCAAUUUUCGAAUGGAAGUCAUCGGCCGGAAGUUGUAGCAUUGGGAUUUGCUUUGAGCCUUUUUUGUCUUCACCAUCACUUGGCUAUCAUCAUCUCGUAAAAGUGCAUUUCAAAACGUUUUAACUUUGAAGAUCUCAAUCAUGUGAAAACGAAAGCAGCCAUUUGCAGAAAUAAGAACAUCGUAGAUUCACUUUCAAAUCAAAAGGAGAUGCGAAAUGCCAUCCUUGCAGACAUAAGGUCUUGAAUGAUGGAAAAGAAGGAAGCAGAAGAGGUUCCUUGUUGUUCUGGUACUAACAGUAGGGCUAGUUUGAGUCUUCCUGCGAGCAGAGGACUGUACGGACUCGGUCUCGGUUGCAUCCCUUGCCCAACAGCACCUCGAAGACUGCCAUCUCUCCGAAAUAGGGAUCUGACACUUGGAGGUGCCCUGAAGAAAACAAAGAAAACAUUUGAGCCAAACGUCAAUGCUGUGAGGAAAAGCAAAGAUGAAUUCAAGGAAGAGAUUCAAGUGACGCCCAAAAGAGAGAGGAAACAGAGGGAUGCUAAAAGAAGAGAGAGCAGAAGCAGGAGGAAAGAGAAACCACAGACCAUCCAGUCUCACUCCAUCUUUGAACAGGGUCCUGCUGACACACCGCGCAAAACAGGGUCCUGGGGUGCUGCUGCACAAGUGUGUGACACCACCAAAUCUCCUAUCAAAGCUAUCAAAGAGGAGCCGCAAGACUAUGAUGAAGAUGAAGAUGAACUACUCCGAAUACUGCAAAGAGAUGAUUUCAUCUGCGAUCCAACGUUGAAGAAUGACGCCAAGCUGAGACCGAUCCAGUUACCUUUGUGUCAGACGAGCACAUCAAGCCAAGAGAAACGUCUUCUGGAAUCGCCAUCCAGCGGACUUAAAACAGAAUAUAAAGGGGAGCGGCCAUCUUUGGUGGAGAUCCUGCACGGUCUCUGCCUGUCUGGAGAGGAGGAGCUCUUCUUCAUGCAGUUACCUGACUGUAUGCCCGUGAGAGCACAAAAAAGUGAAGCGACGUUUCAGAAAGCCAAGGAGAAGAAGCCUCCGCAUGAGAAAGCACAAGUGAGUCAACAACGUGCAUUUCAAUUCAUAGAAAGGGAUCCAUCGUUUGCCGUGUCUCUCCAGGAGUCUCCUUCGGUGAAGAGCUCACCUGGGCUGGCAGAAUUCUCCGAGGGAUUUCUGGGGAAACUCCAAAUACGGAAGUCCGGAAAGGUGGAGAUGAAGCUGGGCGAUAUUGUCAUGGACAUCACGAAUGGAUCUGCUUUGUCAUUCCUUCAGCAACUGGUGUCUGUGAAUGUGUCCGGCGGUAAGACAGGAGACAUGACGGUGUUAGGAAACAUCAACCAUAAAUUGGUGGUAUCUCCAAAUUUCCAAACUUUAUUGGAACAAUGACCGCAACAGCAACAAGGAUCCUGAUCAUCUCACCAGCAGAUGAUGAUGAUGAGAGCAUGAGGGUUUUAUUGAUGUCGUUUUGCAUUGCUCUAUUAGGCAGCUAAUAAGCCCGGAGUGCUAACUUGAAUAAACGAUCGUCAGUUAUAUCCUGUUUCCAAUAUUUAUUAUUGACAUGUUAUAAAUGUUUCAAAAAAUCUUUCAUAUGCUCAAAUGUAUUUUCUUAUCAUUCCAAUUUGUAUCUUUUAGUAAUCGACUUACUACCAAUACACAUUUGGAAGUUGUUUAGCUGUGAGCUAGUAUUAUUCCACUGCUUUUUACUGAUAAAGUUUUUGCCAUGAUAUCGUUUUCAAUCCCAGUUUGGAAGUUACGGAGGUCAAAAUGUUUGUAUGGUGAAUGCUCCUUUUUUUUUUUGUAAAUAUUUUUGUCCCAUAUUGAAAUGUUUUGUAUAUAUUCUGCUCAUGUUGAACAGUUUAAGUUGUGCACUUCAUAAAUAUUGUUUGUAGAUUUCCUG